UUCCUGUGUGUGUCUCUCUCUGACCCUGGGAAAAGAUGGCGUGUUCCCCUCUACUGUUCCUGGAGUUGUUGCUGUAUGGGGCAGCCUUCAUCUGUGGGAUUGUGACAGCAGCUCUGGUUACAGUCACCCAGGGGGAAUUUGGCGGCGUCUGCAUCCUCUACGGGGUGAGCCAGAUGAACGGCAGCACGCGGUCGCUGAGGAUCGCGGCCCCCGGCAGCGCCUCCCACUGCGCCUUCGUGGACGUGGCAUCGGUACUCAUCGCCGUCUACUGCUUCUGCACCGCCUUCUACUUCAUAUACGCUUACUUCCUGGAGGAGAACACGAGGAGUACCCGCUGUCUGAAGGGUUGCCUGGCCAUCUCUGCUGUCUUCCUGCUACUGCUGCUGACGUGCGGUUGCCUGAUCCGAGUGGGUUUCAGCACCUUCUGCCGUUCCGUGAUGGAUCAAGCCGCAGUCAAGAGAUGCUCAGAAGCGGGAGACGUUAAACUGGACGUCUCCCAUCCGUGGCUCCAAGUUCCAUCAAAACUUCACCAAUGUACAACGGCCACCUGGGUCAACUUCUUCCUGUGGGUGGUGAUCGUGUGUCUGCUGCUGGUGCAGUGGAGGAGGGGCCGCAACGUCCAGCUGAGCACGGCCGUGCCCGGUGGAGCCAGCACCCCGGGGAGAGUGUCCGAGACCGACCACCUCAUCCCCUCCGGUCCACGGCCCUGAGACCGGGCCUC